AUUACAUUAACGUAUGUCUAGCAAACUAAACUUUAGCUGCAGUUUGUUCUUGCCAGGUGUCUACGCCAAUGAGACUUAAGCUAGCAGUACCACUAAAUUGGCAAGCUGGCUAGUUUAGUACAAACAGCUGGUCGAUUUAGAAACUGCAUACUAAUAGCUGAUGAUGAUAGCUAGCUUGGUAACUUUAAAAUUGUCUGGGUGACUUUUUACAUUUUGACUUGUAACGUUGCAUUGUCAUGCAUUUCCCCACUCACAGUCCGGGAUGAACUGUGAGCAUAUGGCUUGUUUAGUUUACAAGCAGCUGGUCGUUUUAAAAACGACAUACUAAUAGCUGAUGAUGCUCGCUAGCUAACUAACUCUGUCUUAAAAAACUGUAUUGGAAUCAGGCCGGUUGAUGAAUGUUUUAACACAAGCGCCUGCCUCUGGGUUCUUUCUAAAUAGCCCACAGGGGGGAUUUAAAUAUUUUACUGGCUAACUAGAAAUCAUCCUCGCCUGGCCUGGCGUUAUCUGAUAAGCCAGCAGAAGGGGACAGGAAAGCAGAGGGUAGCCAAACUAGUGUUAAUCCACAUGCUCAUGAUCCUCAUGUGUCCACUGUCAAGUUCACUGGGUAACCUUUAGGAAAACUAGGAGGAUCAGCUAUGCUUUGUACAAGUCAUUUCUGUAUUUAUGCCUCAACUAAUCUAUUAGCCUAAUGCAUAGACCUUAUUCACCCAAGUCAUAGACUGUUAUCUGUACUACUGCACGGCAGGCGGUACCUACUGCCAACGGGACCCUGAACAGCUUCUACCCCUUAGCCAUAAGACUGUUAUCUGUACUACCGCACGGCAGGCGGUACCUACUGCCAAGGGGACCCUGAAUAGCAUCUACCCCUUAGCCAUAAGACUGUUAAAUAGUAACCAAAUAGCUACCUUUUGAGUCAUCACAUACGCUGCUGAUACUGCUUAUUAUCUAUCCUGUUGCCUAAAGACUUUACCCCUACCUAUAUGUAAAUAUCAACCUCAAUUACAUUGACUUGGUACUGGUACUCAGUUUAUAUAGCCAAGUCAUCGUUACUCAGUACUGGUACCCCAUGUAUUUUGUCAGGUUGUAAUUGACUUGGUACUGGUACCCUGUGUAUAUAGUCAUGUUAUCAUUGACUUGGUACUGGUACCCUGUGUAUAUAGUCAUGUUAUCAUUGACUAGGUACUGGUACCCCGUGUAUAUAGUCAUGUUAUCAUUGACUCGGUACUGGUACCCCGUGUAUAUAGUCAUGUUAUCAUUGACUCGGUACUGGUACCCCGUGUAUAUAGUCAUGUUAUCAUUGACUCGGUACUGGUACCCCGUGUAUAUAGUCAUGUUAUCAUUGACUCGGUACUGGUACUCUGUGUAUAUAUGUAACCGAAGUGAAAUGGCUAGAUAGUUAGCAGUGGUUCGCGCUAAUAGUGUUUCAAUCGGUGACGUCACUCUCAGACCUUGAAGUAGUUGUUCCCCUUGCUCUGCAAGGGCCGAGGCUUUUGUGGAGCGAUGGGUAAUGAUGCUUCGUGGGUGUCAGUUGUUGAUUUGUGCAGAGGGUUCCUGAUUCGAGCCCGGGUAGAGGGGACGGACAAAAUGUAUACUGGUACAUAUAGUUAAGUAUCGUUACUCAUUGUGUAUUUAUUCUUUGUUAUCAUCUUUCUAUUAUUGUUCUAUUUUUCUCUCUGCAUUGUGGGAAGGGCCCUUAAGUAAGCAUUUCACUGUUAGUCUACACCUGUUUACAGUGCAUGUGACUAAUGCAAUUAUUCAUUCAUUGGUAUUGCUCAUUUCAUACAAAUUGUAUUAGUUCUGUUAUUUUAAAGGCUAGUUUUCUAAUGUAAUUAGACUGCCAUUAGGUUACAAUGUCUUCGAGAGUGAUAGCGAAUGCUGUAUAUUUAUCUGCAGUUGUAAAAUAACUAAUGAGCACUAAUGAGCACCUUAGAAAGCUCCAACACAAUGAAUGACAUGUUUUACUUUGAGUUUUUUGGACAGGCGGUAACCAUGGCUUCCCGAGCUGGACCUCGAGCUACUGGCACAGAUGGAAGUGACUUUCAGCACCGUGAGAGAGUGGCCUCACACUACCAGAUGAGUGUCGCCCUCAAGUCCGAGAUCCGUAAGCUGAACAUCGUCCAUGUUCUGAUCUGGCUCCUCUUAGCUGCCCAGGUGACAGUGAGCCAGCUGAACCUGGUGUCCCACAGUGUGGUAGCUGCUCCCUACCAGUGGGAGUACCCCUACCUGCUGAGUAUCAUCCCCUCCCUCUUCAGCUUCAUGGCCCUGCCCAAAAACAACAUCAGCUACCUGGUGAUCUCCAUGAUCAGUGCCGGCCUCUUCUGCAUAGCACCGCUCAUCUACGGGGGCAUGGAGAUGUUCCCGGUGGCCCAGCAGCUGUACCGCCACGGCAAGGCCUACCGCUUCAUCUUCGGCUUCUCUGCCGUGUCCGUCAUGUACCUGGUGAUGGUGAUCGCGGUGCAGGUGCACGGCUGGCAGAUCUACUACAGCAAGAAACUGCUGGACGCCUGGUUCACCUCCACACAAGACAAGAAGAAGAAAUGAGGACAGAGGACUAAAUUAUUUAAACAACUGACAAGGAAUGACUAUUGCUGCCUACCACUGUCUGACACCACUUCUAGGCCCAUCUUCCAUCUAUAUUUGAAUUCUACAUCCCCAUCUCACCAUCCCUAAUUGAUAGUUGUAGGACUAAUUGGAAUACUCAGCAGGCUGUCCUGUUGUCUUCCUGGUAAACCCUCUAACCUCCAUUAUCUCAUCUCCUGGCUCUGGAGCCUGUGGACAGAUUAAGACUUGAGUUGUCUAUCUGAGACUCCAGGGUUUAAUGUUGACCUGUUCUGCUGCCUUUAGAAACCCAUCCUCUUAUAUAUCAUCCUGAUCUAUGGAGCUGGCUGCCAUAAUCUGUCCUGCUGCCUUUAGAGACCCAUCCUCUUAUAUCUCAUCCUGAUCUAUGGCGCUGGCUGCCAUAAUCUGUCCUGCAAGGGAUAGUACGCUAGUUACUGUACCUCCAGUCUUAGACAUGCAUUCUAAUUACCGUUCCUUCCUCUACAAGUUUGCACUUGUUCACUGAUUUGAAAGGAAAUGACUGGAAUAAUAAAUAUGGUAUAAACUCCCACUAGACCAGGGAUAGGCACCUUUGAUAGGGUGGGGACCACAAAACAUCUCAACUCAUCAUGCCGCAGUAGCUCGCGGGUCUACCGAACCUUGGGGCGGCAGGUAGCCUAGUGGUUAGAGCGUUGGAUAAGUAACCGAAAGGUUGCAAGAUCAAAUCCCCGAGCUGACAAGGUAAAAAAUCUGUUGUCCUUCCCCUGAACAAGGCAGUUGUUCAGGGGCACUGUUCCUACGCCGUCAUUGAAAAUAAGAAUUUGUUCUUAACUGACUUGCCUAGUUAAAUAAAGGUUAAAUAAAUAAACUCAUCCAUACCCACACAUACAGUCAGAGCCGUCCCUAGCCUUUUGGGUGCCCCAAGUAGAAUUUUGUGUGUGUGUCCCACCUUGCGAGCACAAAGUUUUAGUUUUAGAAUGAAUUUCCUGAUAUUCUACACAAUUUGCCAUGGCGAGGAGAGAUUUUGUAACUUAACUCAUUUCAUGGAAUUCUAAUAAUUUGCAAUUGGGUGGAGAGAAAUGUGCAGUUUUUCAGCUAAUUUCUUGAAAUGUUUCACCCAACUAUAGGAUGGAGAGAAAUGUUUGCAGUUUUUAUUAUGAUAUCUGAGUGAGAAUGACCCUCCCCAGUUGGUAAUUCGACCAUGAUUACUACAUAGAUCGCUGGCUAGACUAUUUUACCAGUCUAAACAAAUGUUUGCUGACAUGGGCUAAUUGAGUGACUCUCAGGUGACUAACAUAACAAGAGAGAAACUGCUGAUGCACAACCAAACAUUGAAAUUGCACCUUGUGUUUUCUACUAUUCUAACUUUCAACAACUUAGAGAACCCGACUGAGUUCCUCAUUCUUUUCCUUUCAUUUUUGGAAAUGUAUUUGCGGGCCUACACCAGACCAGCAGUUCACCAUCCCUGCUAUGGACAGUGCCUCUGCGAUUCCAAUGUUUUUAGAUUUGUGGGUGAAAUAGUGAACGAGUGUACACUUCAGGAGGCAGGCGUUAUAAUUGGAACAUACCCAAGACUAGAUCAGGGCAUGAUGUGGCCUUAAAGAGAGGAGCCAUCCAGAGCUGAACGGAAAGGGUUAAGAGAAAGGCGAGAGCAGUGGUCAGAUUGCAUCCAUAUGGUUGUGUGCUGCUGUCAAUGCACAUUUUCAUGUUGACAGUACUCAACAAUUCAAUUGUUUCUAAAUGAGAUGUACAUUGUUAAAUACCAAUAAAUGGCUAAGCUGUA